AUUAGAGCUGCUGUGGUGAGAGAGAGAGAGAGAGGGAGAGAGAGAGAGAGGGAGUCCAGCAGAGACUCGUUUGACACUCAUACAGAGAAAAUGUCAUCGCUGCAUGUUUAUGGAGUUAAUCACAGUAAGACAGUGAAGGUGCUUUUAAAAAGAGCGACGUUAAGACUCUCUCAGGUCAAAAACAUCCGAUAGAAAAACAUGCACACGCUGCUUAUAACACUCGUCCAGACUCAAAUCCCAACAUCCCAGUGAUAUGUUUUAUAAAUUACCAGUAUAAAGCUUUCAUUUUAAUGUUUAAACUUUAAUCUGUAUAAGUGGUAACAUGCAUCAUUCUUAGAGGAGAAAAGGAAAAAAACUGCAAUUCCUUGAGUGUCCACUAGGGACUCGCUUCCACAGUGAGUCACUCUACAUCUUAAAGGGCGCCAGAUAGCGUAGUGGUUUUGCGUCCUAUGUACGGAGGCUGCAGCUGGCUGUGGGUUUGAAUCCGACCUCGGCCCUUUGCUGCACGUCAUCCGCUCGCCCUCUCCUCCAAACAUUUACUCUCUCUCUUCAGCUGUCCACAAAAGUUCCAACUUCACAUUAGAAUAAAAAACCUUUUACAGUCCAGUUAAAAAAAAAAAAAAAAAAAGUUGUUCUGAUUUUUAUACUUCAUAGUUUUAUAUUCAGCAUGAACUAGUCUCCCUCUGCAUCAUCGUUACGCUCUGUAAAGCUCGUGUGAGGAACUUUUGGCUUGCGUCGGUUUUGGUGCCCCCUUGUGGACAAAGCUGUAUGUCUUAUCUGUUUUCUGAUUUUGUCCUACAUGUGGUUUUUAAAACAUCUAAUCCUGGUUUAUUGUGACAGUGUAAAGCAUGUGCAUAACGCAUCAAGAAUCUUGUUUAAAUGUCACUUUAUGAAACAGAUGAUAAGAGGACUGCAGGCUGAUCUUCAUCCCUGGAAGUCUUCCUCCCCUCCCUCACCCUUUCCCUCUCUUUGUGUACUUAAAUGGGGGAGGGGGGAGGCACACUCACACACACACACACACACACACACACACACACACACUCACACACACACACACUCACACGGCAGCAUCCACUGCUGAUGUCAGACUCCAGUCAUGUCGACCCUCCUCAGCACCAUCAGCACCACCACCAUCAUCUUCAUGGUUUUUCUUCACAGAGCUAUCUGACGAUGGAUCUAUUCCGCAGAGGAGAGCUGGGGCUGCUGGGAGGAGGGGAGGGGCUAAGGGAGGAUGUGGGCGUGUCCGGGAUCAGCUGGACGGCUAAUCGUCUGCCGGACGACAUGUACCCGGCGUCGGGAUUGGCUCUGGCCGCCGCCUACCACGACAUCAAGACGAGGCUGGCCAGUCUGGAGAGAGAGAACAGCAGCAUCAAGAGGAAGCUCAAACACUACGAGGUCAAGUUUCCUGUGAUGAGCGAAUUUGGAGACGAGAGGAUAAUGUGCCGUUCCUGUGAGCCAAUCAUCAAGGACACCAGCAUCAUCCAAUCAGAGACCACCAACCUGCAGCAGAGGGUCAACUCGCUCACUCAGGAGCUCCAGAAGAGUAAAGAGAGAGAGGAGAGGCUGGAGGAAGUCAUCCAGGCCUACGAGAAGAUCCACCUGGAGAAGAGCAACGUUCAGAGAGACCUGGACAAGAUGACGACUCUCGCAGAGCAGCAUGUGGAGCAGAUCCACGGUCUGGAGUCUGCGCUCAGACUGAGAGAGACGUCCCUGCAGAAGCUGAGCGCUCAGCUGCACAGCAAAGACUUUCAGCAGGCUCAACGCCACGUCGGCCUGGACGUACCCCGAGAGGGACGCGGGCCGACGCUGCAGAGCUCUCGCAGCCUGGACGCUCUCUCGGACCUGAAGCUGCAGCGGCUGGAGGCGGAGCUCGAGGGGGCGCGGCACCAGGCGGACGGCGCGUGCAAGAGGGAGAAGGAGCUGAGGGCGGAGCUUCAGAGGCUGCAGCUGGAGGUCGCUCAGCUACGGAAAGCGCAGAGACAGUCUCAGGAGUCGCACUGUGAGCACUGUGAUGUAGAGUGGAUAAAGAAAGCCGGAGACGAGCAAGUGAACCUAGCGUUAGCCUACACCGAGCUAACAGAGGAGCUGGGACGGAUCAGAAAUCUGGCCGUGAAACAGACCGACCUCCUGCAGCAAGUCUCACAGGAGCCGGUCUCUCGUCCUCCUCCUGCUCCUCAGCGUCUCUCCCCCACCUCCCCCCAGCGCCCCUCUCUUUCCCCCGAUAGGCUCCUCCCCACCCCGUCUCCUCCUCUGUCCCCAAACGACGGCCCCGCCUCCUACUCCCAUCAGCCAACCAGCAGCCGCCUACGAGCAAAGUUCCAGGGUCGCCGUAGUUACUCUGAGGUAUCCGACCCAUCAGCCGUCCAGAGGCCUCAGGCUCGCCUGCUGAGGGACCCGGUCUCCACCCUCCCCAAACCACGCUCCCUCCUCGGGGAGACGCAGGGCUACGGCCAAACCAAAAGUCAGCUCCGGGCGUCUCUGAUGGGACUGGUCCGACCCGCCUCGGCUCAUGGAGCUGGGGGCGAGCGAGGCGGAGAGAGAGGAGGGGGAGGAGAGAGAGGAGGGGGCAGCAGUCUGAGCAGCAGUCCUCAUCACUGCGCUCUGGACCUGGGCUUCCCUCUGAACGCUGAGGUUCAUCACUUCCGUCACCAUGACAACACGCCUGAGCCAACCCCCCUGGUGACCCCCCCACAGUCCUCUGACGAUGAAGAGGAUGUGUGUCCGUAUCUGUCGCCGGCUGCCAGCCCGCCCCGGACGCUUGGCGCCGUCGGGAUCGGCUCGUCAUCACCCAGGGAGCAGCCUCUACACCCGUCUUUCCCGUCUCCUAGGAAACAGCCCCACCACCCCUCCUUCUCGGCCCCCGAGGGUCCUGCCACCCUCUCCUGCCAUCUGCCUCCCUACAUGAACACUGAGCAUGCUCAGUCGUGGCCCUCCAUCAACUUAUGGAUGGAGUCUGAAGAGAGCGCCGUCCGAAGCUGCCCCCUGUGUCAGCUGACCUUCCCCACCGGUUACCCUGACGACGCCCUGAUCAAACACAUCGACUCUCACCUGGAAAACAGCAAAAUCUGAUCUGUGUUAUCGAGCACUGCUUCCAUUGUUCGACUGUUUUCGAGGAGGAUUAAUCCAGGGGGGAUAAAUCGGAGGAUUUGGACCCUCGCCUGUACGACCUCCGUCUUCUGGUUGCGGAGGUCACACGCCUCGCUCAUGGGGAACUUCCUUCUGACUUUCAAUACAUCAGUUUUUAAAUUUGAACCGCUUAUGGAACGAGUUUUUCUUCCCUCCAGCUGAAGUGUUGAAAAGGAAGUACGAACAUCGCCUGACGUCACUAAACAUAUCGACAAUUAACCAUCAAAUUAAAUCUUUUCUCUUUUAACUGAAAACUUUUAAAAGACAAAGAGAUAAAAAAAAAAGGAAGAGAAGAUGAGAGGGAUUUUAUCUCUGAUGUUCACUGAUGCAGAAGCGUCUGAACGGGUCUGAGAAACCACCAGGAAGCUCCGCCUCUCGCGUCACAUUUCAGACAAUAAAAAGACAAUUUCAAGAUUUUUGGAACAGCAAUGAACUCCUGUGAGGUGAACGUGGAUCAAAGGUCGAGAAAAUCUGAGAAUGAUCGUAAGAAUAAUGAAUUAUUAUACAAGAAAAAAAACUAUUCUCAUCAUAUCUGAAGGACUUUUUUUAUCUUCAUGUUAUUUUAUGUUUGAUCAUGAAAUCAUCUCUGUUUAGAGUUUUAUAAGUCCUCUUCAUUUCUUAUUUUCAUUUACCCCUGAAGUAUUACGCCUUGAUUAUGAAAUCAACCCUGAUAGUUAAAUAAUGCAAAUUGAUGUAUUUAGAAUAACGACAAACUUUCUCAUCAUUAUGAGCAAAUUUAAAAUGCGUCCCAUAAAAGAUGGAGAUGCAUUAGAGGAGAUUUAGGAACACAAGAGGAGGAGGAACUUUUUCCCCCUUUUGCUUUUAGAGAAGAAGGUUCAAAAUGUGCGGGAUAAAAAGAGGAACAUUCAGUGUGAGUGCAUGGUGCAAGAAGAUAUACAUCAAAAGAAGAAGUUCAUAUUUUUGACGUUUCUACUUUGUUCUCGAAAUGCGACAAAAAAAAGAUGGGUAACAUUUUACGUGAAGGGCUCAGGUAGACAACCUGCUGCGUCGUGAGCGUACAUGUUCACAACGUGUUACUGGAGGAUUCCUCUAGACCAGGGGUGGGCAACUGGCGACCCGGGGGCCACAUGCGACCCCCAUCAACCCUCAACGUGGCCCUCAGGUCAAUUUUUACACAUGAAUUAAUUGGACAAAAUCUGCCAUGAAAUCAUGAAAACCAGAAAUAAGUCCAUAAUAAUAUUUGAUCACUGGUACAUGUUGAGUUCAAUUUGAGACAUAAUCGACUGUAAUCGUUUUUGUAUUCUACGAUUUGGCCCCCUGGCGGUGAGAAGUAAAUGUGACCAAAGUUUCCCGGCUCUAGAGGGAGCACCACAUAUACAUCAGCGGGCGUGAAACACAGAAGUAGAGAUGAUCUGUCGCCGGCUAUUUUGGAAAGCAUAUUUACUCGGUCUUGUCUCGGUCUCAGACUGGGCGGACUCUGGAUUUUAAAUCAAGACCACCACCGAUCGGCUAUUUUUCCACGCCAUCACUGUGAUUAGAAGGAAAACGCUCCUUUCUAAAAGAACAAAAAACUUCGGCAGUGAGGGACACGCCCCCUAAACACAAGAUGAUGAUUUUUCAUUGAUAUGUAAUGGUCUUGGUCUUGGUCUCUGUCCCGCCCUGCCUUGGUCUUGGUCUUGAUUCGGUCUUGAUCUCUAAAUGUCUUGGUCUUGUCUUGGUCUCGGGUAUGUCUUGGUCUCGGGGCUCUCUGGUCUCGGGUAUGUCUUGGUCUUGUCUUGGUCUCGGGGCUCUCUGGUCUCGGGUAUGUCUUGGUCUUGUCUUGGUCUCGGGGCUCUCUGGUCUCGGGUAUGUCUUGGUCUUGUCUUGGUCUCGGGGCUCUCUGGUCUCGGGUAUGUCUUGGUCUUGUCUUGGUCUCGGGGCUCUCUGGUCUCGGGUAUGUCUUGGUCUUGUCUUGGUCUCGGGGCUCUCUGGUCUCGGGUAUGUCUUGGGUCUUGGUUAGUGGUCUUGACUUCAACACUACCAAUUAGCUUAUUAUAACGAGAAGGUACAUCAGGAUUAUGAGAUGUGUGAUUAUAAUAUUAUUGUCUAAAAGCUUCUAAUAAUGACUCACUAUAUAAUUGGAGCUACUUAUAAGCAAUAGUUUUUCCAUAACAAUGAAAGAAUUUACAAUCCUUCAUAUUUAUUAUAUUUAAUCCUGAAUCAUCGAACGUGUAAAAACUGAUAAAGAAAUUUGAACGAAUUGUAAAAAGAAGGCGUUUUUGUGUGUUUUAAAUUGUCACUCAGUAUGAUUUACACUUUAAGAAUUUAACAUUUCUGUUUUUUUUUCUGUCUUGUUUUUGGAGAUUUGACGCUCCACAUGAUUCCUGUUGUUCUUAAAAUACAAUAAAAGACUGUACCGUUAGCUUCCUGUAAUGGCGCCAAGGAAUCUUUUCCAUUUUAUCCGAGCUACACCUGAGCUGAAGAAUCCUGGACUCACCUCAAGAAACUGUGGACGGGAACCCUACAGAGACUGAAAGUUUUCAGCUGUGACUGUUGAAAGGAUGAAAGCCAAUUAUCUCUAUAUUAAGCAAAAAAAUAAAGAUAAAAUGAUGUUACUGAAGCAAAAAAAAAAAAGGUCUUUAUCCGUUUGACACAUUGUGGGACUGAGAAGGAUUUUACUCAUCUGACUCUUGUUCUGAUGGAGUUACAGUUUGAAGAUCAGCAGGUUCACUUUGUGUUCAUGGACACUUCCCCUGAUCACUCAUGCACAAUGUUUAAAAAUCAAGCUGCAGGGAGGCACUGUGGGAGAUCAGAACUGACUCUAUAUCAGCCUCUGUGAGCAUUCACCUUCCUGUUUUUCAUCAUUAUCACAGUUUCUGGGAAACAUUGAUUUUGGCAGGUCAAAUUCUGAUUAAAUCUCACUUUCAGGAGGGGUCAGUGGUCACUUUGUGAUCUGCAUGUGUGUGUUUCCAUUAUUUGACAGUCACACAAACGCUGGUCAAACGAUUAUUCAUACAAAAUACAUGAAAACAUAAAAAAAAAAAAAUUACUGAAAUAUUUUUUUUUGCCGUUAACAUUAUUGUAGUUUACUUCACUGAUUAACUCUGAAAAAUGGUUUAUGCAAUUCUUCUUUUAACUUUGUCGAAUGAGGAUUUGAAAGCAGCCGACAGGGGGCGCUGUUUGUCUGUUUCAUUAAUACCUCACUGUAACUUCACUGUUUACAUCAGAGAGAGAGAGAGAGAGAGCAGGCUGAAUGCUUUUAUAAAUCAUGUGUACGAAAUGUGAAUGAAGAUUUGUUCUGUAAAUGAUCUGGAAUUAAGAAAGAUUAAUAAAGAUUCAUUCAAAUCCAAAAAAA